AUGGAAGAUGAAAUGAUGCAAAACGACCAAGGAGCUGCUUCUUGUAGUGCACUACCUGGCCUAAGUCCAGGACAAGGCCGGCUCUGUCACAUAUACAUGGAUCACAUGAACUCGGUGGCGGUUGGGGCUAAGCAAGCUCUAACUGAGUGCAAACAACAAUUCCAAAAUAGAAGAUGGAACUGCUCUUUACUAGAUGACGUCAACGUUUUUGGUCCAGUUAUUACCUUUGCAUGGUCCAAUAUUGAAAGCCAACAUUGGCCCGAAGUUGUUUGGCAUUAUAUAAGCGAUAUUGUAAAUUCGCAUUGGCCCGAAGUUGUUUUACAUUAUAUUCUAGGAAAGUUGAGGGAGGAAUUGAAAGAAAAAAAGAUAGCCACCUAG